AGAAGAUGAAAAACCAAGAGAAUGAAUUGAAAGCCAUUAAGGGAGAAAAUGCUGAGCUGAGAGCUAUGGUCACUCAUUUGAAGAGUUCCCUAAGCAGGUCACAAAGUAGCAGCAGGUCUUGCACACCUCGGCCAAUUGCCAUUACUCCUCCUUCCCAGACAGUUACUCCUCGACAUAGCCUUCAGCAUUGUGGACAGAUAGCAAGCCGUCCAUCAUCUGUGGAGUCUCUAUCAUAUGUUAGAUCCCACUCAGGAACAGACAGUCAAUCAGCAUCAACCAGUAGAGCUCAAGACAGAGCCACCUCAUUAAGUUCCAGCCAGGGUUCCCCUAUGUCUGGUCACAGCAUGUCCUAUCGGAGUGACACCUCAAGUAACCAGUUACAAACCCCUACUGAAACCAACAACAUUUUCAGAACAAAUUCAGCUGUGACAAGAGAUUCUUUCAGUACCCAAUGUAACAACAUAGAUCGCCUAAGGGCCCUUCAGCUAAAAUAUACUCCUAAAAUGUCAACAUCAUUUGGCUUGAGAAAAUAAGUUCCAUUGAAUUCUGAGGGGAGAUUGCAAUGGCCAUCUGAUGUGAUAAAGCAUGCUGUGUACUGAAUUUUGUGGACUCUAUGGAAACGUUGACAUGAAACAUGUGGAUUGCCAAACUUAUCCUGUACUCCUUUACAUCUAUUCUGCUAAUUUAAGUUAUAAUAAUAUAUGUUAUAGUGAUAUUGUCCCAUAUCUGCCACGUGUGAGUAUAACCUCAGGCUGCUUUCACACUUUUUUUUACACACAAACAGGUGUGCCUACAAAUACUGAAUAUGUAUGGCUGGUUUCACACAAGUGAGUGUCACGCUCUGGACUCGCGGCACGAGUAUGAGACAGCUCCCGUCCUGACCUCCCAGCACUGAUGGGGUCGCAUAGCAUUGUAUUGAUUUAUGAUGCUAUGAAACCCUUAGGCCUCUUGCACACGAACGAUACGGA